AUGAGGACAAUUAUGGCCAAGACCCCUCAUGACUCUUCUUUCUCUUUCUCCAGGAGGUACUUCCACUGGAAAAAGAAAGUGGAGGAUGAUGAAGAAGAUGACCACGAAAUCUUAAACUUCAACUCAUCAUACUCGCAUUUCUCUGAGGAAUCAGAGAAAGAUGAACAGGAGCUUAGAAUUCCAGUCCCAACAGACACUGCUUUGAUCCCCGCAAUAAUACCACGCAAGAAACAUUCUCUGAUGUCAGUGUCCAAGCUCCGCUCAGCUCUCACAGUGUUUGGUAAGAGCCGCUCUCGCUCUGGCCUUGGCACCAGAGUCAUGGGUACUCUGUUCGGCUAUCGUCGUGGACAUGUUCAUCUGGCAUUUCAAGAAGAACCCAAGUUGAGCCCUGCCUUCCUGAUCGAGCUUGCAACACCUACAAGUGUUUUGGUUCGAGAAAUGGCUUCUGGGUUGGUGCGGAUUGCCUUGGAGUGCGAGAAGAAAACAGAGAAGAAAGGUUUGAAAAUGCUUGAGGAGCCACUCUGGAGGACUUACUGCAAUGGAAAGAAAUGUGGGUUUGCUAUGAAGCGUGACUGUGGACCUGGGGAGUGGAAGGUUUUGAAAGCUUUGGAGCCAAUUUCAAUGGGGGCUGGUGUUUUGCCAGGAAGUGAAGAUGGAGUUGGAGCUGAGGGUGAGCUCAUGUACAUGAGAGCUAAGUUUGAGAGAGUUGUGGGGUCUAAGGACUCUGAGGCCUUCUACAUGAUGAACCCUGAUGGUUCUGGAGGUCCUGAACUUAGUAUUUAUCUGCUUAGAGUCUAG